AUGGGAAGGAAAUACCAUGAUGAAAACGAUGGUGGUAUGGCUCCAACUGCUGAAAAACCUUGCGACUUACUUUCAAGAGGAAUAGUCCCGAAACUUUUGAAGAAAACAGCAGGAGGAGAAGGAUGUUGCAUCUUUAGAAUUCCUCAGAGACUUGAAAAGAACAACAAGAGUGCUUAUGAACCUAGGGUUGUCUCCAUCGGCCCAUACCAUCAUGGCAAAGAACAUCUCGAGAUGGUUCAAGAGCACAAACAUCGCCUCCUCGGUUUUUUCAUGGCUGAAGCUCAAGAAAAUGGUGUGGAUCCAAAACUUUUAAUUGAAGCAGUGGAACUGAUGGAGGAAGAUAUAAGAGAGUCGUAUUCGGAGAGCCUUUAUGAUAAUGAUGUAUCUGGUCAAAAGAAAUUGAUUGAUAUGAUGGUUCUCGAUGGUUGCUUCAUUCUCAUGUUGUUCAUGGUGGUAGCAGGAAAAGUCCGGUUUGAUGGGGUUGAAGAUGAUCCUAUUUUCAGAGUUCCAUGGAUUUUACCUGCUAUAAGAAGUGACUUAUUACUUUUGGAGAACCAGGUUCCCUUCUUUCUUCUAAAAACUAUAUUCGACAAAUCAAAGAUAGUAACCUCGAGUGAGCUAAAUGCGAUUACAUUUAAUUUCUUCAACUAUUCCAUAGAAAAACCGGAUGAGUUUUGGUUGAAAUGCUACAAACUUGAUGCAAAACACCUUCUUGAUCUAAUUCGAAAGAUUUUUAUGCCUAUUCUGCCUGAAGAAAAAGAAGAAGAAAAUGAUCUUCCUCGCCCUUUUCUACAAUUAGUUCUCUCAGCAAAGAAACUUCAGUUGCGGGGGAUAUAG